AGCCCUUUUGUCACACCCCACAUAAGCAUGACAUCCCUUUGAUAUUAAAAAGGACAUCUCUUUUGAUUCUUCUUCUUCAAUUCCUCCAUUAUACAAUUUUCUCUUUCUCUCUCUUGAAAACUACAAACAAGAACAAGCUUUUAGUAGAAUCAUCAAUCAAGCUAAAGGCAACUCAAAGAUCGGCGCGAACACGAGGAUAAAUCGGCCUCGAGUAUGGAAGCUAGCUUAAGUGAGUUGUACUCAAAUAUGAACUAUCAUAUGGAGGAUAGAGAAAUCUCGUCGGAUAAUAGUGGUGAUAAUUCUCCGCCUUCUACCACCUUCAACGCCUCCAUUUCCUCUCCUAAGAGAAGUAGGCGAGCUAUACAGAAAAAAGUGAUGACGUUUCCACUCAAAGAAAUCGAAGGAUCUCGAUUCAAAGGCGAUUGUACUCCGCCAUCGGAUUCAUGGGCUUGGAGGAAGUAUGGCCAAAAGCCUAUCAAGGGUUCUCCAUAUCCUAGAGGAUAUUAUAGAUGUAGUAGCUCAAAGGGUUGUCCAGCAAGGAAGCAAGUAGAAAGAAGCCGUUCAGAUCCAAAUACGUUAGUAGUCACGUACUCUUAUGAGCACAACCAUCCUUGGCCUAUUUCGCGAAACCACCACCACCAAAACCGCCACAACAACGCUGCUGCUGCCACCAACACCACCACUUCCACUUCCACUCCCACAUCCGAAAACAUUAGCACCAACACCACCAUGAUCUCCUCCACAACAUCACUAAAUAUCCCCUCAACUAGUACUAAUAAAUCAUUACAACCAAAAAUAGAAAACCAUGCAAAUGACACCAUAUUAUUCCAACAAAAUAUAGAUCAUCAUGAGAUUCAUGACCCUUUGCUACAUCCUACGGAUGAAUUAUCUUGGUUUACAUCGGAUCAUCAAAUACUCGAAAACAACGAGUUUCUUAGCAACUUCAACGACCUAGACAUGUCAAAGAUAUUUCCAAUGAGGGAGGAGGAUGAGUCCCUUUUUGCCGACCUAGGGGAGCUUCCGGAGUGUUCGGUGGUGUUCCGAAAGGCGGCUGGGGUGGCCGCCGUGGAAGAGUGUAACUUGGCACCCACAACUUGGUGUGGGACCACGGGUUGAGGUUGGUUAGUUAAGGGUAUCACACCCAUCAUAUAUUCACCCACCCGGUUGUCUACAUUUGUGUGCUGGCCUAUAAUGCUAGUAUUAGGCCAAAAUUAAUUAUUUUUAAUUAAUCUCAAGUGAUUAUUAUUAUUAUUGUGAUAAUAGCAUGAAAAUUUGAUAAAUUUAAGGGGGAACUUACCUUACGGCUUAAGAUAAUCAAAUGUUCACACUUUGCUUAUGUUGGUAGUUUUAUGAUGAUAUUGUUUUAAUUUCUUAGUUACUUUGUUUUUUUUUUUAUUAAAGGGGAGAAAAUUAGUUAAAGUAUAGUAUUUGUAUGUGAUCACGUUGAAUCGGAUGUUUAGAAUUGUGUAUUCAUUUUUCUGAUCAACUUGUAGUAUAAUAUUAAUAUAUAGUUGCAGAGAAAA